GGAGAGAGGAAGGGAGAGAGCGGCGAGGCGGUACACCACGCCAACCCGAACCAGUUGUGUUAGGAAGUGAGGGGACAUCGCGUCUCUCUCUCUCUCCCCGCUUUCGCUCACUCGCCUCUGUCCCUUCUGCGGCAACCACUCACUGACUCACUGUAAACCUUAGCACUUGACCUACACCUGAACUGUUACCUGUGAGUGCUUAAUUAGUGGGUCUUCGUAUGUUUUGAGCAGGUGACGCAAAAGGUGUUGAUGGGAGUAACGACUGAAACUUUUAUCGUUACUAGGGUAUGUGACUGUGAUUUCUAACGCUAACCUCUUCGUCGUUACCUGAAAUCUUACCUGCAAGUGAUUGCUUUAUGAGUACGUGUGCUUUCGGCAGGUUGAAGGGUACAACUGAAGUCUCAAUCUUUACUCGGGUGUGAGCCGAGCCGCUGUCCUCACCUCGCCUCCAGGACAAGCACAGCAACACAGGGAGCCGUCGAGUCGUGACACAGGCGACCAGAUUAAGCAGCGCCAUUAGUGUGUCGUGGCGGCACUAACACUCCAUGACCUACAAUGACCCCUGAGACUAUGACCUUGAGAGUGACCCUUCAUGUUGCACCCCUCGGCACCGCCCCCUGUGAACGCCCCUCGGCCACGCCCCUCCAGGCUAGGACGGCAUGAAGGGGCAGGCGGCGAGGCGGUGAAGCGGUGGACCCAGUGUGAGUGGGAGGGAGAGGCAUCCAUUUCGAGUGUCGUGUAGCAAAUCCCCCGUUACUACAGUACCCACAGUAAGACGGGGACACCGGGGGAGAGAACUAAGGGGUCCAGACGCUUCUAUCCUCCCCUCUUAGCACCCUUUCCCAUGACAUAACACCCUCCUUCCCUAGUUUUCCUUUUUCCAGCUCACCCUUGCUCAUCCCUCUCAUUCGCCUCCUCCCUUCAUCCCCGCCUCACUUCCUUCCCUUCCCUUUACCCAGCCAACUAACCUCCCAGCAGCCUCCCUCCCUUGGUCCUGUACUUUAUUAUUUGUUCUCUUUCCUCUGUCCACCCCUUUCCUCCUAUUCCUAAAGCCCCUCAUUCAGCCCUGCCUCCUUCCUUAAAUCUACCGCAAGCCUCCAUUUCCACCUCCUCCACCCCCACCACCACCCUUACCACCACCACCUCUUCCCCACUCUCCUUACCCUAUCUUCCUUCAACACCUCCUCCCGCCAUCACCACUGCCUCCACCGCACUCCACUCCCGCACUAUUACCAACACCUCCACCACCACUACCCUUACCACAUUUCAGUCCUUCACUAUUACCACCACCUCCACCACCACAGCCACUCUUCCACUCGCCGUGACCUUUCUUCCACACGCCCUACUCCACCCUCCUCCCACCACCUCCUCCACCACCACCACGCCUCGCUCACCUAACUCCCCUGCGGCGGCUACUCCCUCCCCGCCCCCAAGAACUACUCCGAACGGAAAUCAGGGGAGUGAGAGGAGUGGAAAAGGCCAGCCCAGGAAAGUGCCGCGAAAGGGAGUGUGGAGAGCUACUGGAAGGAGUGAAGCUGCUCCCUGCACUACCACCACCAUCACCGCCACCACCACCACCACGGGCCUCACACGGUGGUUUGUUGAGGUGGUUGUGGUUCUCCUUGCCCUCGUCUCCAGCGCCGCCGCCUCCUACAAGCUGAAACCCACCACCACCGUCACGCACUUCACCCUGGCCGGCGCCCCUGGACAGCUGCCGUGUGAGCUGCCCGUCCCCGCCGACCGACCCUCGCUCAUCCUGUGGUACAAGGACGAGAGCACCAAGCCCUUCUACAGUUUCGACGCCCGAGAGGCCUCUUCAGGGCACCACAAGGUCCACGAGAAAUCCAGCCUUGGCAGGAGGUCUCGCUUCACCCUCGAGGCGCUGCGGCAGAACUUUCAGACGCGCUUGGGCUUCCUGGAGGUGAAGGAUGUGACACUUGCGGAUGCCGGCAACUACACGUGUCGGGUCGAUUUCAUGACCUCACAGACCAUGAUGAGCCUCAUACAGCUUCACGUGCACGAGGAGAUCCGCGGCCUCGAGAUCUUUGACAACGACGAGAGGCUGAUCCGAGACGAGGUGGGUCCACUCCUGCCGUCCUCCCACUUGAGGCUGACCUGCAGGGCUUAUGGCGGUUACCCUUCGCCUGAGGUUCGGUGGGUCUCAGGAGGCGAGGAACUUAUGUACCCGAGAAUCAUGCCUCUGCCGGAAGGGCCUAUGCAGCUCGUCAGUGGCCGGCCCGUGUCUGUGCGUAGCGCGGUGCUGGAGCAUCCCACGCUAACUCGGCAGGACGAUGGGCGGAAGCUGCGCUGUGAAGCCAGAAGCACCAACCUGACGCAGGGAUUACAUAAGGAAGUCACCAUAACCAUGCACUUGCCGCCGCUGAAGGUGGAAAUCAUGGACGUGGACAAGCCGCUUCGUGCCGGCGUGAAAGCGGCUGUGAAGUGCCGCUCGACGGGGUCCAAACCGCCGGCUUCCAUCACCCUCACUGUGGAAGGCUCGUCCAGGCUGGAGACUCAGCCCACGCAGCCGACGCCAGACCAAAACAUGACCAUCCGGAGGGGUGAGCUUUGGCCCACCUCGGAGGACAACGAGCGAAUGCUGGUGUGCACGGCGACCAACCCGCUGGUGCCCGCCUACACCCUCACCGCCAGGGAGGCGCUCCACGUGCACUUCCCCCCCGAGGUGCAGGUCCUCCUGGCCCCCGCACUGGACCCCCGCAACAUCAAGGAGGGCGAGGACGUGUACUUCGAGUGUCACAUCAGAGCCAACCCGCCCGAGAACCGCGUCCAGUGGAAGCACCAGGGUCGUCCACUGUACACGGUGCGGGAGCGCGGCGUGCUGGCUCAGGGGAGGAACUUGGUGCUGCAGGGUGUGAGUCGCCACGCCGCGGGGAGCUACCAAUGCACCGCCACCAACGCCAUCGCCACCGUCACCAGCGCUCCGGCAGCCCUCGACGUCAUGUUCGCCCCGGAAUGCCGCCAGCCCAGCAAUGUCACCGUGUCCGUCACCGCCAUGGACGAGGUGACGCUAGACUGUGCAGUGGAGUCCAACCCAGAGGAGGUCGGCUUUACGUGGCAGGUGAACAGCAGUCGUGGGGUGAAGGAGCUCCCCGCCACUACCUUCACGUCUCAGGGCAGCACCAGCAGGCUCGUGUACCGCCCCCAGGAACACGGUCAGGCCCACGAGCAGCACGGCGUGGUCUUCUGCCUCGCCAGCAACAAGAUAGGGAAGCAAAAGGAGCCAUGCGUAUUUCUCAUCACGCCUGCAGGUCCGCCCGAAGAGCCAGUGUCCUGCUCCCUAGUGAACCACAGCGCCACGUCCCUCGCUGUGGCCUGCGUCCCGGGCCACGACGGGGGCCUGCGGCAGGUCUUCCUUACCACGGUCCAGGACGCCGCCACGCAGGAGGUGGUUGCCAACAUCACUUCGGCCACGCCCUCCUUCAGCGUGGAGGGCCUGGCGUCGGGGAGGGACUACCUCCUGCUGGUGAGGGCGGCCAAUGAGAAGGGCAAAUCCCCGCCCUACAUCAUCCAGGGAUUCGCGCUCAAGGUCGCCGAGAACAAGAUCAACAAUUCCAGAAGCGUGGAGGCCUCCCCGCUCCUCGCCGUGUUCGUGGGCGUCAUGAGCGGCUUCGUCUUCAUCUUGACGGUCCUGGCGGUGGCGGCGCGCUCCCGAUGCCGCCGCCGCUGCCGCCAACGCCCCCUCCCGGACGCCUGCCCCGACAACAACAAACUGGGCGGCGGAGAUGAAGCGCCGCCGUCCCCCUCCACUAAGGCCUCCCUGGACGAGGUGAAGGACAGCGAGGACGAGGACGGUGACCCCAAUACCCCGGAGUCAUCAGGAGGAUUGCUGGAGCCACGGGAGGGGACGACACAGGUUACCGGGAGUCCAACCAACGUAUUCAGGACCACCUACGUCCCAAGUCAGACACAGCAACCGAAGCAGCAGCAGCAGCCCCUCCAUCCCGGCGCGGCCACCAGCAACCACAAGUACUACAAGAUCAAGAUAGACUGCACGCGCCUCAAUAAUGAAAGUUUCGUUUAGCGUGGGCGGGCUGCAGAACUUGUGGCGGCCGACGAUGGUUUAGAUGUGCGUGGAGAGGAGACGGAGGAGCAGGAAUAUUAAAAGAGGAGAGAAGAGACAAAAGAGGAGAGAAAGA